AUGGAGGCAAGAAAUUCCCGUGAAAUAGAAGAGAUUGUGUCGUUGAGUAAUGAAGAUGAUAAGAAAUCAUCUAUUGUGGAAGAGGAAAAUUUAAAGUCAGUAGACGAGCCAUAUUGUUCGCUCUCUUUCAAACGAAGAGUCAUUAUAAUAGCAGUUGUUACUAUUACUGGCUGCUUGGGCCCAAUUUCAGGUAACAUCUAUGUUCCUAUUUUACCUCACUUGCAAGAGGUAUUUCAUGUGUCAAGAACUACAAUGAAUGGAACAAUAUCAGUCUUUAUGGCAGUUUUUGCAUUUGCUCCACUUAUUUGGGGGGCAUGGGCAGAUUAUGGAGGUAGGAAACUGUUGUAUCUUGUACCACUUCUUUUCUUUAUAAUUGCAAAUGUUUUGCUAGCAACUGUUCCAGCAAAUAUCGGAGCCCUUUAUGUCCUACGCAUAUUGCAAGCUUUUGGUGCUAGUAGCGUGAUGUCUGUUGGAGCCGGUACUAUUGCUGAUAUUAUUGAACCAAAGAAUAGAGCCAAGGCUAUUUCCAUUUUUAUGUUGGGUCCGCAAUUGGGUCCUGUGUUUGGUCCGUUAUUGUCAAUGAUUUCGACAGCCUCAUGGAGAUGGAUAUUUGGGCUUUUGGCAAUUUUCGGAUUCAUGGUUUAUCUUUGUAUACUAUUCCUCCUUCCAGAGACUUUACGCUACUUGGUUGGUAAUUGUUCUUGCCACCUGGAUAACAUAUUUGUCAGGCCUCGAUUGUUUCAAAAAAAGUUGGUGGAAGGUUACCCACGCCCACCCAAACCUAGCUUGAGGAACUACUAUCGAUUGAUCAAGUUUAAGCCUGUGCUUUUGUGCUCACUUAAUUCAGGAAUGAUUUUCGCUAGCUUCUAUGGAGUAAUGGUUACAUUUUCUCAUGUUUUGCAGGAUCACUACUCGUUCAAUGAUAUACAAACCAGCGUUAGUUAUUUAUGUCCUGGUUGUGCAUUGAUUAUUGGCCUGACAAUAGGAGGCUGGCUUUCUGACAAGUUGCGUGAGAGAAUGAUUGCUCGAUCCAUGGUCUAUGUUCCCGAAAAUCGUUUCUCCAUUCAAAUAACAGGUUUACUCGUAUCCAUGACUGGAUUAAUUGGCUACGCAUGGACUGUUGAUAAGCAUGCACCAGUUUGGACAAUCUUCAUUUUCACAUUUUUAACUGGAUUUGGAAUGACUUGGGUAUUUGUGGCAACAACUACCUACUUGACAGAAUGUCUGACUGCACAACCAAGUGCAAACGUGGCAAUUGGAAACUUGAUGCGGAAUAUUGCGGCAGCAAUAUGUACUGCUAUCAUUGAUGUCUCGAUCAAGAAGAUGGGUUUUGGCUGGUGUAUGACUGGUCUUGGACUAUUGAACCUAAUUGGAAUUGGAUUUGUUAUUGUCUUGUUGGAAAUGGGACCUCGAUGGAGAAAAGAAUAUUUCCAGAAUUGA